AUGUCGUCCUCCGCCGUCUCUGGCUCUUCCUCCAACCUCACCAUCCGCGCCGUCGCCGCCUUUUCCCGCAACCUCCUCCGCUUCGGCUGUCGCAAAGUCACCGUUCGAGGUCUCGAACGAUUCCUCUCCCACCUGCACUCCUCCUCCCGUCUCUCCUCCAAUACCGGCUUGCUAACCUACUGCAACCACAUCUCGGUCCUCGACGAACCCACCAUCUGGGGCUCGCUCCCCGCUUCCUCCUUUCGCAACGCCGACACCGUCCGAUGGACGCUCGGAGCGAGCGAUAUCAUGUUCACCUCUUCCCUCCUCUCCAAAUUCUUCCGCAGUGGACAGUGCAUCGAAACGCAUCGUGGCGGUGGUAUCCACCAAGCAGCGAUUGAUGACUCAAUAUCCAAACUCGAUGCAGGGAAAUGGAUCCACCUGUUCCCCGAAGGAUACGUCAACGUCAGCACGAGCACGAGAUUGAGACGCUUCAAGUGGGGGAUAAGUCGCAUGCUGAUCGAGGCGGAGAAGAUGCCUGUCGUGAUGCCGAUUUGGAUCACCGGGUUUGAUAAGUUGAUGCCGGAACCAAGGGAUAAGCCCAAAUGGCUGCCAAGAUGGGGUGCGGAUGUGACGAUUGAUUUCGGAGAACCAAUAUCAGAUACGAUCGGACCGAUCAUCAAGGCGAUCAAGGAGACAGGCGAGGCAGCGCCUCAACAUCUCCUCCCACACGAGCUGUGCCAAUCCGAAACCGACGCUGAACCGCUGGCCGGUGAAGAGAACGACAGAUCCAUACCUACACAGGUAGCCACAACCUGGAGCACCUCGAACCUCAUCCGCUCCCACGCCGAUCUCAAAGGAAACAGUGCUUCGCUCAAACUCGCCCUCGCAAGAUCGCAACUCGCAGCUGUGCUCCGACACCACCUCGGUCUCGUCGGCGUCGACCAGCGACGUGCGGAUGGCUUCCCACAUCCGGAACAAGACGGGGAACUCGUCCACACGCAAUCGCUCAGAUCGGCGGAGAAGCAUGCUCAGAACAAUGUGUUGCGCGAUGGAGAGCGUAAGAAAGUCGGCGUUUGA